AUGGAUGAUCUCAAAUGCAUCAGUCGAUUUAUCGAUGGCCUAGCUAAUGAUGAACGGAGCCAAACCAACCUCUACUUUGCUCCAGACGGUUGGAAGGAGGCCAAUCGUCGCUUCGAUUACCAGCUUUAUGAGUCUUUCAUCAUCGCUAUGGUCAGGCGCAUCAGUUGCAACAACAGCAACGAGAGAGAGAUCGAGCUUCUCGGCCAAUUGAUCACCUCCGAAAGCGAUCCCAAAUUCAUGGAGCGAGCCUUACCUCACUUUCCCAGUUUUGAUGAACCAUACCCAUUUCAGCAGGAUCGCCCUCAGAUGGCAAAGCUUUUCAUGUGGCUUCGCCCUAAAGUGUUCGAUCGCCGGACACGGCUCAACGAAGUACAAUUCCCUGGAGGCUUGCCAGACAAAUCAACAAUUUGCCUUGCCCCGGAACUUGUGAGAACAAUGAUGAAGAACAUGUUUGGGAUCAAUGACGAAAAGCGUCUUUCAAAGGACCAAAACGCUCUGUUUGCUUCGACCUUACAGCUUGGCUUUCCCAAUCAAGCUCUAGAGUAUACUUCGAGAUGCCUUGAAAGAGGAGGUCUAUCGCCGAUGUAUGACAUCUGGGGCUUCCCAACAGGGUUACGUCUCCCAGAGCACCCGACGGUCCCACCGCCUCGAGUCCGGUUCGCAAAUGAGUCAUUGGCUAUCCAAGGUAGUACUGCAAGAUUUGCAUCGGACGCUAGUUUUGCACACGUGAGAGCCACAGCUGUGGAUGAGAAUGCUUCCAGACCCGCGGACCAAGAGGCUCCGCUCAGAUCGACAAAAAUGCAACGAAGGCUACCAAAACGCACGAGCUCGUUCAAAAAGCUCACCCGUCCAUUCGCAAUAGAGGAAGACGAGGAUCCGCCUCAGUCUUUGCUGAUCGAGUGUCCUUUGAAUGACGAUGACGACGAUACAUCGGUUCCCACAAUCAUUAAGACUUCAUCGACGCGACCGCAUCCAAAUAUAUACCCGCUUAUUAUGCCCAAACCGUCAGCCUCUGAAGGAGAAGAGUCCAAAAGUCAAACAGAGCAUGUCGACCGAGCCAAAGCACCAGCAAACUCGAGUAAGUAUUCCCUGAUGAUCAUUUUCAGAAGCCUGACAGGUCGAGUGGAACUCAGUGACGAGUUAUACAGUGCCAUUAUCAAUGCAAAAGUCAACAAAACCCUCGCGGAUGACGCCGCAGACGAGACAACGAGAAAGGCCGCAGAAGAGCUUGGCGACUUCAGAAAACUUCGCAGAGGCUUCAAGAAGAAACGUGAAAGAUCAAGCGACGAAACCUCCAAGCGUUCGAGCGGGGAACCAAGGCUGCCGAAAACACAUCAGCAUCCACAGACAAAGCCUCAAGAAAAUCAGGGAAUGGAGGAGAGUCAAGCAAAGACUCCAUCGCCUGCAAGCCGCGGAAAGCAUGGCGAGUCUAGUGAUGAAACGAGGCAGCCCAGCUCACCGCAGACAGAGAUUUACAACCCCACCGACCCUGUGGAGAUGCCCCCAACCCGUCGUGAGACGACCAAAUUCGAUUUCCUUGAAAAUAUUCCUAGAAGAAAGAAACCGAAUUACACCACAAUGCAUUCGGAAAAUGCUGCAUAUCAUAUGGGUCGCCAGGACCCUGGACCCGGGGAUGCUCCUCAAGGCCGCUGUCAGGUUGGCUUCCAACCAAGAAGAGAUGCCUUGAUUGGAUUUGCCGAGGACGUGUAUAGACGUCAAGAGUGGGAGGAUGCAGGUGGUAUUCUUUAA